CAUGGCAAAAUGAAGUUGGACAGGACGAACACGGAGAAUUUGCAAAGAUUUUAAAUAAAUUAGGAAAUUGGGAAAAGGAAGAGGAUAGAGAGGAAUUUAAUGGGAAGGCGGGGUAUUUCAACUGCUGCGGUUGCUGCAAUUUUUGUGGCAAACGUUGGUCAGUAACCCGGAAGCAAUUCAAAUUCGUAGUAGUUGGUGAUGGAGCAUGCGGGAAAACAAGCUUAAUUAUCGCUCAAGCGGGAGGUGAAUUCACUGAGGAAUAUACGCCGACAGCUUUUGAUGAUUAUGCAAUCGAGGCGCUUGUAAAUGGAAAAACGAAGGUAUUAACUGUAUGCGAUACAGCUGGUGAAGAUGAUUAUAAUAGCCUCAGACCGUUAAGCUAUCCCGACGCCGAUGUCUUCAUCGUAUGCUAUUCAGUGGAAAGGCCGGAAUCAUUAAAAAGUCUUCAGGAAAAAUGGAUACCUGAGAUUCGACGUUUUUGUCCGGAUGUUCCAAUCUUAGUGGUUGGAAAUAAAAAAGAUAUUCGAAAUGAGGUGGAACGAGAACGUCGGAAAGAACGUAACGAAAAUUCCGCACAUAAACAUUUGGUAAAUUUUAAUGAUGCAAUAGCAUGCGCUAAAGAAUUUUCCGCUCAUCGAGUAAUCGAAUGUUCAGCGAAAACAAAAGAGGGUAUCCGACAAGUGUUCGAUGCAGCAAUUCGAAUUGCUAUAGCACAUCGGGCUGGAAAUGGUAGUCGAGCACUAAAUUCGAUUAUGAAAUUAAAAUUUGUUUUUUGA